CAGAACUCUUCCAACAAAAUGAUUACCGUCUAGAAACAAUAAUGUCCGACUCAGAUGGAGAAUAUGUCGCAGACGACCUAUCUGACGAUGACAUUCGCGCACAUCAGGUCUCUCGGCAUGGUACGCGCUCGACAGGACCUGUGAGGGGACCUGCUGGCUCGAGUACGCGGGGCGGAGAUACGAAUGCGGGAACAAGCAGGAGGAGAGCUGCCUGGGAAGAUAUCCAAAGAAGUUGGGACACAGUCGUCGAAGGAGCAGAUGGCAGCAUUAAUUCUGCGGUUGAGGGGCUGAGAGAAGCUGGGAAGAGGAAACGGUUGUUACGGGAUACGACACCGCUGCAGAGAGGCAUUAUUCGGCAUUUGAUCCUUAUUCUUGAUUUAUCAUUUGCUAUGAUUGAGAAAGAUCUUCGACCUACAAGAUACCUGCUCACGAUCCGCUACGCAUCUGAAUUCGUCACCGAGUACUUCGAACAGAACCCUAUUUCCCAGCUUGGCAUAAUUGGUAUGCGAGAUGGACUUGCAGUACGGAUCAGUGACAUGAGCGGAAACCCUACAGAGCAUAUCGAGAAACUGAAGAAGCUUCGAGAUCAGCAGCCUCAAGGCAACCCAAGUUUACAGAAUGCACUGGAGAUGAGCAGAGCCGCGCUGUUCCACGCACCCUCACAUGGUACUCGAGAGAUCUUGAUCAUAUAUGGAGCUUUGUUGUCCAGCGAUCCUGGAGACAUUAAUGAGACGAUUGCUGCCCUCAUCACAGAUCGGAUACGAGUAUCUGUCGUUGGUCUGGCUGGCGAAGUCUUCAUCUGCUCCGAGCUAUGCAAGAGGACGAAUGCUGGUAAUGAUAGCAGUUACUCUGUUGCUCUCAAUGAACAGCAUUUCCGGGAAUUGGUAAUGGCACUAUGCACCCCUCCAGUCACUCGGACGAAAAAGCAAUCACAAUCCAGUCUCCUGAUGAUGGGCUUCCCUUCCAGAACAUCUGGUGCUGGUAAAGCUAUGAGCUUUUGUGCUUGUCACAGCAAGUUAACUCGAGGCGGUUAUCUCUGUUCUAGAUGUGAAAGCAAGGUUUGCAGUCUGCCUGCUGAAUGUCCGGCUUGUGGCCUGACACUUAUUCUUUCUACGCAUUUGGCGAGGUCAUAUCACCAUCUCUUUCCACUCAAUAACUGGGUCGAGGUACCUUGGUCAGAAGCUAAGAAGUCAAAAGCUUGCUUUGCCUGCCUCACUCCGUUCCCUGAAGUUCCUGUGAAGCUGAAUGGCUCGCAUACCGACGUGGAGAUCAAGGGCAACAGUGAGAGUGGCAGAUAUGCUUGUCAAUCCUGCAGCAAUCAUUUUUGCGUAGACUGUGAUGUGAUGGCCCACGAAACGGUUCACAAUUGUCCAGGUUGCCAAAGUGAUGUCCGUGGUUCAAUAUCUCAACAAGAUCAUGCUGCAAACAGCGAUGCAAUGGUCAUCGGUUGAAUCUCUGAAGUCGCAUUUUCAUUCUCGGUGGCGUUUGGGACAUGGAAAGGAGCAUAGCGUUGGGCGGCGAAUAUAAAAUGGCGUACUUUAGGCUCUCACAAAUCCGAGCGCUCUUUCCAAAAGACAUAGAGGAGUUUCAUGCUUUGUAGAAAGUGGGACAGGCGCGAAGCCGUGAAUACUUGCCUUUUUACCAAUCCAUUAUACCUCGGAUCGAGACUAUAUUUCUGCUUAGGUCCAAUGCAAAGACAUAGAUUGAGAAUUAUGUUUUGAAG